GUGACUCACACACCAUGGCAGGGCAGUGCAUCACAAUGGAUAACGAUCUUGACAUGUCAAGUCUGCCGUCGGAUUGUUUUUCUGAGUGGAGUGGCAACGAAAUGAGCAAUAUCAAGUAUGAUUCGCUUCUCCUGACUCCUGAGCGAAGCAUCAAGGUUUGGGCUCACCCCUACGAGGAACAUUUGUUAGACCCCUGCAAGUUCUUGGAUUUCAAUCAGUUCCCUGCCGUUGACUUGCCAUGCACGAAUCCCUUUGCUGCCCUCCAGACUUGCAGCAACUCGACGGAGUCAACGAGCAAGGAGGUAGCGCAGGGAUGCUCGUCGUCGGAUGGCAGUGCGCUGGAGGACGGAGUGCAGCAGUUGCCGUCUUGCGCGUCUUGGGGUAAGAGCGACCGGCGGGGAGUACGAGAGCCUCUGUCAAUGUCCAACUUCAACCAGAGAAGCGAGGUGAGGGAAAACAGAGACCUCGACUCUGUGGACCUCGAGGGAGGCGAGAAUGGUGAGUUGCCGAUGAUGAGGAGCGUGUGGACGAGGAGCAGCCACGAGGGUCUCCUCACAUGCGUGGAGGGCAAGAAGCGAUGGUACCAGUGCAUCGACUGCUCCUACCGCAACGAUCGACUCUACCACAGCAAACGUCACUACGAGAGGAUCCAUGUCAAGCACGGCAAGUCGGCUCCUUCCAAGCGCAAGUACCCCGAGGCUGCCAGCGACGGACUGCCAGGUCUGGUGCAGCUAGAUCCGAUAUCGGUAGCGAGCCGAUGCAACAAGGAUGCUGGAGGAAGUGAAGGAAAAGUAGAGGAGGCUAUGAACAUGCAGCCAGUCAAGGUUGAGACUUGGAAAGGUGAUAGUCAGGUCAAGGAAGAAGGAAAGAAGAAGCCGCGCACGGAGAAGCUGAAGCCUGGAGUGACCAUGAUUAAGUCGAGAAAGAUAUCGCAGACACUCAGCACGCGAGAGGAUCUCGAUCAGGCAGAGUGGGAGGCGGUUGCGAACAAUUAUAAUCACUUCCAAGUGGUGGCAACUUGCGACGACUUUUCGUGGAACUUUCACUCUGAUUCAUGA